AUGGUGAAUGCUUCUAAGGUUUCGAAGAAGCGCAAGGCUGUCACUCGCGAUGUUGAGGAGGAGGCUGGUGUGUUUUCCGGAGACGAACUCAACGCAGAAAACCUCGACGGUGCUCUGUCGGACAAUGCGAACGAGCUGUCGAGCGACGAAGAUGAUUCCGAAGUCGAAUUAGUGGACGAAUUCAGUGACGAGGACGAUGAAGACGAAGAAGAGCUGGAUAGUGAUGAGAUCCCGUCUGAUGGAGAAGAACCCAAGAAAAAAUCGGCCAGUACCGCGGUGGAUGGCCCUCAAGCGGACGAUGAAAGCUCUAGCGAGGAUGAACAGCCCAACUUCCGCAUCGAAAAAGACGCCAAUGGUGAAGACCGUUACAUCUACGACGAAAUUAACCCGGACGACAACUCGGACUACUCUGAUGUUGACGAAAAUGCGAACACCAUCGGUAACAUUCCCCUCAAGUUCUACGACGAAUAUCCUCACAUCGGUUAUGACAUCAACGGGAAGAAAAUCAUGCGCCCUGCCAAAGGCGAGGCUCUCGAUGCGCUGCUUGAUAGCAUUGAAAUUCCGAAGGGAUGGACCGGCCUUACCGAUCCUUCUACUGGAAAGCCGCUCGAGUUGAGCCAGGAUGAAUUGGAGCUGUUGCGCAAGGUGCAGAUGAACGAAAUUCCUGAGGAGGGCUACGAUCCGUAUGAGCCCUUGAUGGAGUGGUUCUCUAACAAGCAGGAAAUCAUGCCAUUGAGUGCUGCGCCCGAACCUAAGCGCCGGUUUGUGCCUUCUAAGCACGAAGCGAAGCGGGUCAUGAAGAUCGUGAAAGCCAUCAAGGAAGGGCGUAUCUUGCCGUACAAGCCCCCCACGGAGGAGGAUGAGGACAAGGAUGUUAUCAACUACGACCUGUGGGCCGAUGAAGCAGAGAGACCCGAUCAUCCCAUGCAUGUUCCGGCUCCCAAGCUUCCUCCUCCUGGUUACGAGGAGAGCUAUCAUCCGCCUCCCGAGUAUCUCCCCGACAAGAAGGAGCGCAAGGCAUGGGAGGAAACCGAUCCCGAAGACCGGGAGCAAGAGUUUCUCCCCAACGACUUUGGCUCUCUUCGGAAGGUUCCUGGCUACGAGAAUUUCGUCAAGGAAAAGUUCGAACGUUGCCUGGAUCUUUACCUCGCCCCUCGUGUUCGUCGGAGCAAGCUGAAUAUCGACCCCGAGAGUCUCCUGCCAAAACUUCCCAGCCCGGAAGAACUGAAGCCCUUUCCAACCACCUGUGCCACAGUGUUCAGGGGACACAAAGGUCGUGUGCGGACCGUCUCCGUCGACCCGUCUGGCGUCUGGCUUGCAACUGGUGGCGACGAUGGUACUCUUCGCGUUUGGGAGCUGCUCACUGGCCGUCAGUUGUGGACUGUCAAGUUGAGCGACGAGGACGCUGUCAACGUUGUUCGCUGGAGGCCGGGUAAGGACGCUGUGGUCCUUGCUGCUGGUGUUGGCGAUGACAUUUUCCUUGCCGUGCCCCCGAUUGUCGACCCGGAGCUGGAGAAGGCUAGCCUGGAACUUAUCGACGCAGGCUGGGGUUAUGCGGCGUCGAGACCUCCUCCCACUGCCGCCGAGGAGAACAAGAAGAACACUCCGCCACAAUGGAUCCGUCCUUCUGCUGCGCUUGCGGACUCCGGUGUAUGCGCCGUCAUCCCUCUCCGAUACGUGGUCAAGACUCUGUCGUGGCAUCGUCGCGGUGAUUACUUCGUCACAGUGUGCCCCGGAUCCUCCACGCCGGCUUCCGUGGCCAUCUCCAUCCAUACUCUUUCCAAGCACUUGACCCAGUUCCCCUUCCGCAAGCGUAUCAAGGGCGGUGGUCCUCCCCAGACGGCCCAUUUCCACCCCUCGAAGCCUAUCCUGUUUGUUGCGAACCAGCGCACCAUCCGCGCCUACGAUCUCUCCCGCCAGCUUCUCGUCAAGAUCGUCCAGCCCGGUGCGCGCUGGAUCUCCUCCUUCGACAUCCACCCGACUUCCUCUACCGCUGCCGGCGGCGACAACAUCAUCGUUGGUUCCUACGAUCGCCGUCUACUCUGGCAUGAUCUGGAGCUGUCGCAGCGCCCCUACAAGACCCUGCGGUACCAUCGCAAGGCAAUCCGCUCCGUCAAGUUCCACCCCGGCGGUCGUUACCCCUUGUUCGCGGACGCCAGUGAUGACGGCUCCCUCCAGAUCUUCCACGGCAGCGUCACCGGUGAUAUGCUCAGCAACGCCAGCAUCGUGCCCCUCAAGGUGCUCAAGGGCCACAAGAUCACCGGCGAGCUGGGCGUGCUGGAUGUUGACUGGCAUCCUCGGGAAGCCUGGUGUGUCAGUGCGGGUGCAGAUGGCACCUGUCGGUUGUGGAUGUAA